AUGUUGAGCAUGGAAUCACUGGCCAUAGCUCCAUCAGGUGUUUACCCAGCAUUCCUUUUUGGAACCCUUACGUACUGUUUCAUUGUGUUUUGUAACGUGACGGUUUUAUCCACCAUAGCCCUGGACAGAAAGCUGCAUAAACCCAUGUUUAUCCUACUCUUCAACAUGCCUAUCAAUGACUUGAUUGGUGCUACAGCCUUCUUCCCUCAGCUGUUGGUGAGCAUCCUGGCUCAGAACAGGUCCAUCUCCUACCCUGCAUGCUACCUCCAAGCUCUGCUCGUCCACCUGUACGGAGCUGGCUCCUUAACUAUCCUGACUGGCAUGGCUUAUGACAGGUAUAUUGCAAUCUGCUGUCCACUGAGGUAUAACUCCAUCAUGAGUUCCAAUAACUUGAUGAAAAUCAUCAUUUUCAUGUGGCUUUUGGUCAUUACCCUGAUUGUGGUUCUGUUGGCUCUGGUCACUCGCUUCAAGAUCUGCAGAACAACAAUAGUGGACAUUUAUUGUAACAAUCCGUCAUUGGUGAGGCUCAUUUGUGAUGACACACGUGUAAACAACCACUAUGGGUUGUUGAUAACAGCUGUCUUUCAGGGUGUAUCGUUGAUGGUGGUUAUAUUUACAUAUAUCCAGAUCCUGCUCAGCUGUGUCAUGAAUAAGUCAUCUGAUGCCCGGAGCAAGGCCAUUCAGACAUGUGGUACACAUCUUGUAGUGUUCUUAUUCUUAGAGUUCAACGCCUGCUUUAGCCUGAUAACUCAUCGAUUUGAGCAAGCAGCCCCUUCCUUGAGGAGGGCUUUUGGGGUGUCAGUUAUGGUGUUCCCUCCCAUUCUCAAUCCCCUCAUAUAUGGUCUAAAAACUAAAGAAAUUCGACAAAAUGUUCUGGGUUUCUACAAACGGAAGGUAUCUUCAGUUAAAUGAGAACAAAUACUGUGCAUCAGUCUGUAUAAUACAUGGCAUGGGCUUUAGACAGUUAAGGCCUUCCCAAUAAAAUAUAGAAAUUCUCCUUUGUAAAUCAGUCAAUGAAAAUAAGAGUUGUGUUCCCUCUUUUUGUGCAAGACAAUGACAACAUUUAUUUUUUGGGGGUUCAAAAGUGUAAUGGGUUAAGAUUGGUUAUGGGUUGGCUACAGCAUGUUGAGUAAGUUGUGUUUAACUUGUUUUGU